UCAUGAGUAGUAAGAGAAAAGCCGAUGAAACCUUUAGUGAUGACGAUGACGAUAUUCAAUUAGACGAUACUUUACAAUCAAAGUUAUAUGUACCCAAAAAUGCCAACCUUGAGAUCCACUCUUUAAAAAACGAAGCAGUUCUUGAAUCCAAAAACGACUUUAUUUCACAUAUUUUUGGCAAAGAAGACUAUACAUAUCUUCCAUUAAAGCAAGACCACGCUUCAAGACCUUUAUGGAUCAGUCCUGAAGAUGGUCAUAUUAUUCUUGAAGGCUUUUCGCCUAUUGCUGAGCAAGCACAAGACUUUCUUGUGGCUAUUAGUGAACCUGUUAGCAGACCUGCCCAUAUUCAUGAAUACAAAUUGACACCUUAUUCAUUAUAUGCUGCUGUAUCUGUAGGUUUAGAGACAGAAGAUAUCAUUGAAGUCUUGAAUCGUCUCUGUAAAGUCCCUGUGCCUGAUUCCAUUACUCAGUUUAUUCGUCAAUGUACUUUAUCGUAUGGUAAAGUCAAGUUAGUCUUGAAGCACAAUCGUUAUUUCGUUGAAUCUUCGCAUCCAGAAACACUCCAAAUGUUACUCAAAGACGCCAUUAUAUCUUCAGGUCGUAUUGUACGUGAUGAAAAUGACCAAGUUAUUAGUGCACCACCAGGUUCUGCUGUCCUGUUAGUCAAUCAAAAGCCGACAGGCAAAGAUUUGACUAUCCCAGGCGUGACGAAUAAACCCAAGAUAACAGGUGAAGAAGGAGAGAAACCAAAAGAGUUAACAGCAGAAGAAAUUGAGAGAAAAAAAGAAGAAGAAAAGUACUUUGGUGCUGUUGUAGGCAUUGAUAAAGAAGACGAAGAUGACGAUGAUAUUGGAGGUGAACAAGUCCAUUCAUUUGAAAUUGCUGCAGAGCAUGUUGAAAACAUCAAAAAAAGAUGUAAUGAUAUUGAUUAUCCUAUGCUGGAAGAAUAUGAUUUCCGUAAUGAUACUGUGAAUGCUAAUCUUGAGAUUGAUUUGAAGCCAACAACUACCAUUCGUCCCUAUCAAGAAAAGAGUCUGUCUAAAAUGUUUGGUAAUGGUCGUGCUCGAUCUGGUAUUAUUGUGUUGCCUUGUGGUGCUGGUAAAACACUGGUUGGUAUCACUGCAGCAUGUACGAUCAAAAAGAGUUGCUUAGUCUUGUGUACUUCUUCGGUAUCUGUCAUGCAAUGGAAACAACAAUUCUUACAAUGGAGUAGUAUCAAAGAAAACCAAGUGGCCGUAUUUACUUCAGACUGUAAAGAAAAAUUCUCGGGUGCCUCUGGUAUUGUGAUCUCUACUUAUUCUAUGGUGGCCAACAAGCGUAAGCGUUCUUAUGAUGCUCAGAAAAUGAUGGAGUUUCUUGAAUCCCGUGAAUGGGGGUUCUUGUUACUGGAUGAAGUCCAUGUGGUGCCUGCCAACAUGUUUCGUACAGUAGUAACGACCAUUGCUGCUCAUGCUAAACUAGGUUUGACAGCUACAUUGGUCCGUGAAGAUGAAAAGAUUGAUGAUUUGAACUUUUUGAUUGGUCCUAAACUGUAUGAAGCCAAUUGGAUGGAUUUAGCCAGUCGUGGUCAUAUUGCCAAUGUACAGUGUGCUGAAGUAUGGUGUCCAAUGACACCUGAAUUCUACAAAGAAUAUCUCUAUGAAAACUCGCGUAAACGUACCUUGUUGUAUGUCAUGAACCCCAAGAAGUUCCAAGCUUGUCAAUACUUGAUUGGGUACCAUGAACAACGUGGUGACAAAAUCAUUGUGUUUUCUGAUAAUGUGUAUGCAUUGAUUGAAUACGCAAAAAAAUUAGGUAAACCCUAUAUUUAUGGUGGUACAGGCCAACAAGAACGUAUGCGUAUCUUGCAGAACUUUCAAUACAAUCCUGCUGUCAAUACGAUCUUUUUAUCCAAAGUGGGUGAUACCAGUAUUGAUUUACCUGAAGCCACUUGUUUGAUUCAAAUCUCAUCCCAUUAUGGUUCCAGACGUCAAGAAGCACAACGUUUAGGUCGUAUUUUGAGAGCCAAAAGACGUAAUGAUGAAGGCUUCAAUGCUUUCUUUUAUUCACUUGUUUCUCGUGAUACGCAAGAAAUGUAUUAUUCUACUAAACGUCAACAGUUCUUGAUUGAUCAAGGUUAUGCUUUCAAAGUCAUUACUAACCUAGAAGGCAUGGACAGUGAUCCUAAUAUUGUGUUUAGAACACAUCAAGAACAAAUGGAUUUGUUAAAGGCAGUGUUGUUAACCAACGAUACGGAUUUAGGUGAUGAAGAAUUGAUCAAUGUGGAUGAUGUUGGCAAAAUCACCGACAGAAAAGCAGCAGCCAAGAACCGUACUUCAGGUCUUGUGAAGAGACAAGUCACUACAUCUCGUACAUUGGCCGGUGGUGAUAAUAUGGCGUAUCUUGAGUACAAUCGUAAUGCUGGAGGACAAUUUGCUGGCCGGGGAAGAGGCAACAGUGCUCCUCAAAAAGAACAUCAUCAGUUGUUUAAGAAGUUUAUGGGUAGAAAAUAAUAAAUAUGUUCAUUG